UGUAUUUGUUCUUAAUAAGAAUUUUUUAAACAAUUGAUUUCAUUCUUUUUUAGAAUAGACACUGAAGAGUUGAUGAAGAAAGCAGAGACAAUAAAAGCGACGGGAGGGAAACGAUGCAGCAAAACAAGUAGCCAAUCAUCAAAAGUGAGAAAGAACGACGGAUCUCUGUUCGUCGGAGCAUUUUGCCAAUCCAACGUCGGCGAUGUCACGCCCAACGUUCUUGGAGCCUUUUGCACCGAUUCCGGCAAGCCCUGCGAUUUCAAUCGCUCCUCCUGCCAUGGCAGUGAUCUUCUAUGCGUGGGGCGUGGGCCUGGGUUUCCAGAUGAAAUUCUAAGCACAAAGAUCAUUGGGGAGAGGCAGUUCUUGAAAGCGGUUAAUUUGUUCACAACAGCAACGGAGAAACUAAGUGGGGAGAUUGAUUUUCGCCAUGUGUAUCUGAAUUUCACGGAUAUUGAAGUGGAAUUGGAUGGGGAUAAUGUUGUCAAGACAUGUCCAGCUGCUCUUGGCCCUGGUUUUGCUGCUGGAACUACGGAUGGCCAUGGUGUUUUUGGCUUUCAACAGGGUGAUACUCAGAUCAAUAAGUUGUGGAAGAAGUUGCGAGAUUCAUUGAGGAAACCCAGUGAGUUUCAGGUUGGGUGUCAGAAGCCGAAGACGGUUUUGUUGGACACCGGCGAGAUGUUCGAACCUUAUGCUUGGGCGCCAGCAAUUCUUCCAAUUCAAAUUCUCAGGCUAGGAAAACUGAUCAUACUCUCAGUACCAGGAGAGUUCACAACAAUGGCGGGGCGACGACUAAGGGAAGCAGUAAAGGAAACUCUGAUUAGCAAUGGAAAUGGAGAGUUUGAUGAUGAUACCCACGUUGUGAUUGCAGGGCUUACAAAUGCAUACUCCCAAUAUGUCGCUACUUUAGAAGAGUAUGAACAACAACGAUAUGAAGCUGCCUCAACUCUCUAUGGACCACACACUCUAUCAGCAUAUAUUCAAGAGUUCAAGAAACUAGCAAUAGCAAUAGCCAAAGGUGAAAAGAUUGCCAAGCCAAUCGUCUCACCGCCAGACCUUUCCUCCGUCCAACUCCGAUUCGUGUCAGACCCGUUCAUAGAAUCUCCACCGAACGGUGUCAACUUUGGAGACAUUCAACAAGACAUCAAAUUACCAAAAGUUGGUUGGUUCAAAAGAGGGGGCAAACAGAAACCAACUGCCAGAUUUUGGAGUGCAAACCCGAGAUUCGAUCUCUUGACCGAAGGGACCUAUGCCGUGGUUGAAAGGCAAGAGAAACGGCGAUGGACACCAGUUUAUGAUGACGAUGAUUUCUCCUUGGUUUUUAAAUGGGCAUUAGACAACAACACAUUCACCAACAGCUUAGCAACUAUCGAAUGGGACAUCCCAACAGACGCCAAUCCAGGUGUGUAUCGGUUACGACACUUCGGAUCAUCAAAGAGUGCAAUAAACUCAACCAACAUAUAUUUCACUGGGGCUUCUAGUGCAUUUGUAGUGUCCUAAAGAAACAUUAAGCUCUACCACAAAUGGAGUUUGGAAUAGUGUUAGUUUGGGGAGAAACAAGGCAGGAGAUUGCUUCAUUUGAUCAUCCAGAUCACAUUCCUAAGGCAUUGGCCUUAACAUAGCAAAUUGAAAGCUUUGUUGAUGUCUUCAAAGCCAAUUUCAUGUGAGAUAAAUAAAUUCAGUUACAGUAUCUGUCAAGUUCACAUAUUCCAAAA